CCGCCGCUGCUAUCCUAAUUUUAGCAGCCCGUUCUCUGCUACGAGGCGCUCCAGAAGACCGGGGCGCGAGCAAGGAUUGUAUUAUGGAACUGGGUCUGCCCAAGAGUAUCCCUCCCUAUGUGGAUUUAGGUGGGAUGAAUAUGGAAAGGGUUCCCGACGGCUUGAGAACUCCCCAGGCGCCCCACGACAUGGCUUCCAGCUUCCAUUUGCAGAGAUCGUCCGAGGCCAGGGAAGCGAUCGAGAAUUCCGCCAGCGAAUCGUCCGACACCGAAGUCCCAGAAAAGGAGCGAAGCGGCGUGCAGAAAAGCGACGACGGGAACGUGGAUGACCCGGCGAAGAAGAAGAAGCAGAGGCGGCAAAGGACGCACUUCACCAGCCAGCAGCUGCAGGAGCUGGAGGCCACUUUCCAGAGGAACCGAUACCCGGACAUGAGCAUGAGGGAGGAGAUCGCGGUGUGGACCAACCUCACGGAGCCCCGAGUCAGGGUGUGGUUCAAGAACCGUCGCGCCAAGUGGCGGAAGCGGGAGCGCAACCAGCAGAUGGACCUGUGCAAGAGCGGCUACGUGCCGCAGUUCAGCGGCCUGAUGCAGCCCUACGAGGAGGUGUACGCGGGCUACCCGUCCAACUACUGGCACGCCAAGAGCCUGGCGCCGGCGCCGCUCUCCUCCAAGAGCUUCACCUUCUUCAACUCCAUGAGCCCGCUCUCGUCGGCCCAGUCCAUGUUCUCGGCGCCCAGCACGCUGCCCUCCAUGAGCAUGCCGUCGUCCAUGGGCCACUCGGCCGUGCCGGGCGUGCCCAACGCCGGCCUCAACAACCUGAGCGGCUCGUCGCUCAACACGGCCAUGUCGUCGCCCGCCUGCCCCUACGGCCCGCCGGGCUCGCCCUACAGCGUCUACCGGGACACUUGCAACUCCAGCUUGGCCAGCCUGAGGCUCAAGUCCAAGCAGCACUCGAACUUCGGCUACAGCGGCCUGCAGAGCCCCGGCUCCACCCUCAACGCCUGCCAGUACAACAGCUGACGGGCCGGCGCCUCCGCACAGGGACCGCGGCGGCGGCGGCUGCGCCAAGGGGCCCCGGGGAGCCCCGCGGGAGGAAGGGCGCGGCGGGGCGGCGGCGGCGGCGACGGGAACGGAGAGAGAGAAGGAGAGAGAGGCGGGGGUUCAGACGACGCCCCAGCCCGGCCCUGAAACACGGGGAUGAGUUGCAAUGUAUUUCGUUCUCCUCUGGAUGAUGCGGGUUUUGUAUGCGUGUUUACUUGAACUUGCACAGGACUUCCUCUUCUAAGCGUCCACUUUAUUCGAGGAAAUACGGCGGGGAGGAGAGGGGGCGGGGGGGGAGAAACCGCGCCAGCGAAGAAAUGCGCGGCUCGUGGGCGGGGCUUUUUGUGGUAGAGGGUGGGAGGGGGAAGAGGCGCGGUUUCCGGGGCGGGGUUUUGCUUGCUUUUCCGGCCGCUUCAGGAGAAGGGGCGGGGACUCUGGCGAGAGGGGGCGGCGCUUCGGGUCAAUGGCAAGAUGGGAACUCUCAAGCGGAGCAAAUGUCAUCCUGACAAGGGUCAACCACUUCAGGGAGGUGCUGUUUAUCUUUUCGCCUUUCCCUGCGCUUGGCCGUCGGGUGGGCGGCGUUGCUUUCCACGUGCAUGAGUGACUCUCGAUGGGGAUUUGUUUCUUUAGCUGAAAGCGGUGGAGAGCCGGCCAUGCCGAGCACUAAGCGGCUGGAAAAGGUUCCUACCUCUCUCUCGUUUAUUCCCUCCCAAGACGGCAGUAUCUCCCCUCCCCCCCCCCCAACAUCCCUCUUUAAAUCGCCUCCCUUUAAAAAGGAACUUUGCAGAACGCCCCCCCCAGCCCUUCCCCUUUGCAAAGUCUUACCCCUGAUAAUCAAAUUAUCGUUCAUCCUUAUUUAAAUGGCUCUUUUUUUUUAAUUAAGAAAGAAUUCUCCUAGAGAAUCUAGGGACAGAAAUGUUUAAAAUACGGAAAAGGACUAUCCUGAAACGUCGAUACUGCAUCUUAAAAGGAAAGGAGUAUAGUAAUCUCGAGGUUGGGGGAAAUGUUUGAAAAAGUGACUUUGCUUUUCCAGCUCUGAACAAAAAGCAAGGAGCCCAAACAAGAAAUCUUAAAAAGGUGUUAUGAUGUAAAUGUAGAUAAUACUUAAAAUGACUAUGAAAAUGAUAAAUAUGAUCUUUAACUAUUAAUACGCAUUAAAAACGCAUAUGAAGUUUUCCUGCAGACAUAUUUGUUGCUUCUUUCUGUCAAUACUUAUUACCUGUAGAUGACAAAGAAACGUAAUAUAAAAUGCACAAGGUACUUCUUUCCCAGUGUAUUCCCACCUGUGGUAACCGUUACGCUGGAUGUUUCAAUAAUGCUGUUGUGGAGGAUGCAGUAUAUAUAUUGUUUUAUAAGUUAUGUUUUUGUGAUUUUUUUUUUCAAAAUUAAGAGCAUGGGAAUAAUAAAAAAAAAAACCUCUUCAAA